UACAGUUUGCAGUUGACUUCUUCAAGCUAAAGAUAAACCCAAACAUCAUCACUGCCACAAUGAAGAUCUACAUCGCUCUCUUGGUCGCCACUUUGGCUGUUGCCGCUCAAGGAUCAUAUUUGCCAACAGUUUGGCCACAGUCCGGUGCGUGGAAUGGCUGGCAUGGAUGGAACGGAUUGAACACCUGGGAUAACCAUGGUCUCGCUGCUUACCCAUAUGCCAAAUCGUGGUCCUCUGCAUGGCCCGUAGCCUCUCAAUGGAACAACGAAUGGAACGGAUAUUAUGGUGGCGUGGACAAGCUUAAUUCGUGGGGACUUCCAUGGGCCGGUUAUGGUGCUGGAGCCUACGGAUGGGGACAUCAUGGACUCGUUAAGACUGUGGUGCCAGUAUCGAAGCAGAUCGCUUCCACUCCAGGAUCGCUUCACGUUGCCCCGGUGCCACUCGAUGGGGAGAAGGUUAUCGGUUAUUAACAACGCAUACGAAAAAGAAAUCCAGAUGGGAUAUAGCAAAAAUGUGAACUG